CCCGCGCGCCUUCUGGGCGGGCGGCGGCUCCUGUUGCUUCUCAGAGCUCUGGAAAUCUCCCGCGCGCUCGCUCGCUUGCGUGGAGGAGAGGUGGGCGCGGGGGCGAGCGCGGGCGGAGGGGUCUGCACUGGCCACUGCCCAGGAAAGGGGCCGGCGUCCACCCGGGAGCCCAGCCGCGCGCCCCCGCCCAACCCGACUCUGCGCGCCCGAGAGGCGGGAAAGCAGGCAGGCCGCGCCCACCGCCCUGCCCCCAGCCGCCACUCCCAGGCUCCUCGGGUCUCGUCGCGUCCUCCUGGGAUCGGCGUGGAGGGGACACGCUGUGCAGACAUGAUGGAGGUGGUGCUGAUCUUCCUCUGCAGCCUGCUGGUCCCCAAGGUCCUGGCCAGUGCAACUGAGGAGAAAGAAAUAGACCCUUUUCAUUAUGACUACCAGACCCUGAGGAUUGGGGGAUUGGUGUUUGCUGUGGUCCUCUUCUCUGUUGGGAUCCUCCUUAUUCUCAGUCGCAGAUGCAAGUGCAGUUUCAAUCAGAAACCCCGGGCACCAGGGGAUGAGGAAGCCCAGGGGGAGAACCUCAUCACUGCAAAUGCGGAGCCCCAGAAAGCAGAGAACUGAAGUGCAGCCUCCAGUGAAGCCUCAAGACUCUGAGGGCAGCUGCUCCAACCUUUAGAGGCAGAUAUUGAUAAGAAGCUCCAGCCACUUCAGCCACAGAUCUCUCCCUAGGAGAAGCCAACAAGUCAUGUGUCCCCUGCGCCCUUCCCCAUCCCUGCUAACCCCAGUUCUGCGCACAUCCACGCAGCUCACCCAGGCCUUCCCCGCCCGCAGCCUGCAGUCUCGUCGUCGCCGCCUGUGCUGUGCCUGUACGUGCGUGUGCGUAUGUGUGCGCGUGUAUAUGCUGACUGUGAUCUUUGUGGCUACUUGUUUGUGGACAGCGUUGAGUCUGUGAACCGUGGAUUCACUUUCCUGGGCAGGAGCUGUGCCCAGUUGCCAUCGGCUCCUCCCCGCUUCCCUGGGGGCCUCCAUCACUUCCCGCUCCCUGGACUGGCCCAUCUUGAUUUAGGGGUGAGGAGAGAGUAGGAGUCCCCACCUCUCUCUAGGCUAGAAAGGUUUGCAUCGCCUUCCCCACGGCGUUUCAUGGGCCCUCUCCAGUCCACCUGGCCCUUGUAUUCCAUCUUGACCCAAGCUGUUCGGAAGGCCUCAGCAGCUGCAGGUGUAGAGGAGGAGCGGGGGAGGCCAGCGUGGCUGUCAGAUGGGCUCCGCCUGGCCGCAUUUCGUUUUCUUCUUGGGGUUCCACGCGGAGUCUCCACCUGCUCUGCCCCUUUGCAGAGCACCCGGGAAGUCCAGGCUGGGCUUUUCCUCUGCCCCUUGGGAGCAUGCCCCUUGCAUAUCUUCUCAGCAAUAACUCACGGGCUCUGGAACACUCCUGCCCUCAUCCUCCCUCCCUGUUUCUAAGACGUCCAUCCAUAGCUUAGCUCACCCAGACUCAGUCUGCCAUCUGUGUCUGAAGUUGGGUCCCCGGAAGUGGGUGGCUAAGGGAUCGCCAUUAGGUCGGGCUCAGCACGCAGGGAUGGGCAGCCCGGAGAGCAGGAAGCACCCCGCUUCUCUGCCCGUGUUCCGCUGAUCAAGCAGCAACAACAGCUCCUGCGUCCUUCCCACCCAUCUCAGUCAGCGGUCACAAUGGUGAGUUAUGUGUGGGCAGGAGUUGUGCUGCCAGUCAGAGGCCAGCGGGGCUACGUGUGGCCCUGCUGCAGAUCAACAGCAAGGAGCUGAAGGUCAUGAGAGAGUGGAAAGUCCAGCCAGGUCCCGCUCCACCUGUCCCUUGUGUUCCCAUGGAAACUACCCAAACCUUGCCGUGUGACCAGGACUGCUGCUGUCUGUCUUGUGAUCUAUCCUCUCUACAACAACAGAAAAAUAAAACAUCACUGUUUCCUAGUGGC